UAUUUUUGGCUGCCUACACGCACCACCAGUGCCUGGUGGUUCGCAGCGAUCAUUUUUUAUUCCACGCGAAGCCGCCGCACGAGCACUGCGACGCCAAACGCGUGUAAACCUGCUGCACGACCUUUGCGCUGCAGGGUCCGUAAAAUCCAUUGCGAUUGCGAGGCGGGGCUACUCGGGCUACUCGAGCUCGCGCCAGCGUCAAAAGAAAACAUGAGCGAUCCGCCAGCAAAAAGAGCGAAGCCCGACCCCUACGCCAAGUGGCAGUCGGCGCGCGACGAAAAGACGGGAGCGGUCUACUACUACCACGUCGACUCCAAGAAGACGUCGUGGACGUGGCCGCCGCCGCUUGACGAUGGUGAUAAAGCGGACACGCCUUCAUCAGACGUGCCGGAGUUCGAGGCGAGCGCGACGUACGCCGGCCGCCGGCCGGGCCGCGUGUUUAAGCGCGGCGACCGCGGCCAGGGCUAUUAUAGGGACCGAGCACCAAACGAGACGGCGGCGCUCCCGGGCAACCUGAGCUUCUACCCGUCCAAAACGUUCGCGGGCCACAAGCCGGGCAUGGUUUUUCGACGGGGCGACCGCGGCCAGGGUUAUUAUAGGGACAACCCCUUCGGCGGCGUGCCCGUCGGCCAGAAGUGCGAGCGGUACAACCCCCACGCCUGACUGGCUCGUUCUGUGUCCGUUGCUCGGUGUCGACCUCCACGCCGUCGAGCAGAGGCAGGAAUGGGAAUAGUAGUAGUAAAUCACACAAGUCUU